CGUCUGCUGGUUAGAUGUAACAAUAACAGAUUAAAAGAAUACUAUCAAAUUUGAAGAAUUUUUUUAUCGUAUUAUGGAAAAUUGAUAUCGUGAAGUGAAAUUUGGAUCGGAAUAAAACGCAAUGACAGAAAAAAGAAGCAGUCCGACUCGCGAUUUGGGAUUAAAAUCUCAAUUUAAGGAGCUGGACGACAAACCAGCAGAGACAAAAUGUUUAUUAUGCGAAACUGCUUUUAUUCUUCCCACAAAUGAAAAAGACUUCCUAACCCACAUUUUCAAGGAGCAUCGAUUAGUUAUAGGAGAUGUGGAUAAAAUAGCGAGUCUCAAAAGUUACGUUUAUUAUUGGAGAGUAAAAUUUCGAGAAGAGCCCUUAACUACAUUUUGCACGAGUUUCUUGAGUGAUUACACUCCAGACGGAAAACCCAGUAUAAACGAACCUUAUUUUUUAUUAUCGGAUUGCAUUUCUGAAGAUAAAACGCUCAGGGAAGAAUUGCAGAGGGAAAAAUUGGAAUGGAUACUGGCUGAGCAGCUGAGCGAAAGAAAAGACACAAAGUUCAAAAGAGGUUGCAUGUUUUGUAGACUCGAAUUUUCCGAAUCUCGUCUCGAUUAUAUAAAACAUCUUUCGGAAAAGCACAAUAUUCAGCUGGGAAAGCCUGAGAAUUUAGUGUUACUUGAUCAACUUCUAGACAAAAUUCAAAACAGUAUAGAAAGUUUAAUCUGCAUUUACUGUGAGAAAGAAUUUAAGGAUAGAUCUGUGCUGAAAGAACACAUGAGGAAAAAAUUGCACAAGCGUAUCAAUCCUAAUAAUAAAUCCUACGAUAAAUUUUACAUCACGAAUUAUUUGGAACCGGGUUAUACUUGGAGACAAAAGCAGGAUCAGAUUGUCGAAACGGAAGAUCCGAGUGGGUUUAGUAGUGAAAACGAAGAUGAAAAUUGGUCAGAUUGGGAUAGUGAAAAUGCCGAUAUCACUUGUUUAUUUUGUGAAUUUAUAAAAAAGGAAUACAAAGAUAUUUUGCAUCACAUGAAGGAGGAUCACAAUUUCGAUUUCGAGGAGAUUACGAAGGAGCUGAAUUUUUAUCAAAAAGUGAAAAUAGUCAAUUAUUUGAGAAAGCAGAUGUAUGUGAAAAGGUGUGUUUUUUGUGAUACCGAAUUCGAAAAAGUCGUGGAUCAUAUGAGAGAGAAGGAGCAUUUUAAAUUACCUUCGAAGAAAAUUUGGGAUCAACCAGAAUUUUAUUUCCCAAUGUACGAAAGCGACUCUUUUUUAUACAAUUUGGAUUCAAAUUCAAAAGAUGAUGACGAUUCAGCGUCGGAAACUUGCGAGUGACAUUUUUUUCGAUUAUAAAAAUUCUCGAAAAAGCUUGAUUAAAAUUGUGGAUACGAGUUAUAUGAAUUGAAAGAUUAGAAAGAAACGAAUGAUGAAUUUCUAUAAAAAAUAUUACCA